GAUGAACUUGUCAAAUUAAAGUAUGGAGAAACUUGUUUCAAAUUGGUACAAGGUUGGAUCUGUGCCUGAGAAUUACAUAUUUCCACAAGAAACAAGGCCAGGGAACCUCCAUGUUCCUAUGAUAGGUGAAGGCAUUCCAGUGAUUGAUCUUAGUGAAGCUGAUCGUUCACUUACAAUUCAGAAAAUUCUCAAGGCUUCUCAAGACUUUGGGUUUUUUCAGGUGAUCAAUCAUGGGGUUCCGGAGCGUCUAAUGGAAGAAACGAUGAGAGUGUUGAAGGAGUUCUUUGAGUUGGCAGAUGGGGCAAAGCAACAUUUGUAUAGUGAGGAUUUCAAGAGCGAUUGCGUUCUGUUUACGAGCUGUAUGAAUUAUGGCAAUGAGAAGGUUCAUCAAUGGCGUGAUUUUUUGAAGCAUUCAUGCCAUCCUCUGCACAAGUGGCAGCAUUUUUGGCCGGAAAACCCACCUCGAUACCGGGAGAUUGUUGGGGCAUGUUCAGCUGAAGUUAAGAAACUGACUGGCAGGAUCUUGGGGCUGAUCGGUGAAGGACUUGGCUUGAAAAAUGGAUAUUUUGACGACGACCUCACUGAACGUGUCAUCCUCAGUGCUCAUCAAUACCCACCAUGUCCGGAUCCCAGUUUGACUCUUGGAACACGUGUCCACGUUGAUGCUAACAUCAUUACCAUUCUCAUCCAAGACCACGUGUACGGCCUUCAAAUCUUCAAGGAUGACACGUGGCUCGGUGUUCCCCCUAAUCCCCAUGCAUUUGUCGUCAACAUUGGCGCCUUCCUGCAGGUAAUAAGUAAUGAUAAACUAAAAAGUGUGAAACAUAGAGUUGUGACAAAUACAAACAAGUUUCGAGCAUCAGCUGGAUUUUUUGUGACUGCUUUGGAUGAUAGUAUCAUAAAACCAGCCGAAGCAAUUAUUGACGAUAAACUCAAUCCAGCCGUCUACAAACCCUUCACAGCUAAGGAUUUUAUUUCUCACUAUUUCAAAAGUGAUGGUGACGUAGGAGCAACUUAUAAUCAUUUCAAAGCAUAACACCAAGCUUGAUCAUGGAUGAGAGAAGAAUUCAAAAUAAUUAAAAGGGAUUCAGAUGUGAUCUAAUUUUUCUUAUUAAAGUACUUUUUAAGUUAAUUUGUAAACUUUAAAUGCAUCCAUGAAUGAGUAUGAUUACUUUAUGUUUAA